AUGAAUCUGCGUCCAAAGACUUUGUCCCUCAUGACUUGGAGGUCCAGGUUCCUGGAAUAGUCUUUUUGGUCACUGGAGGAAACAGCGGCAUUGGCAAAGCAACUGCCCUUGAAAUCGCCAAGCGAGAUAAGCAGCUGCUAACACAACAUUUUUCUGCACAUUGUGGACUUGUCUGAUCCCAAGAAAAUCUGGAAAUUUGUUGAAAAUUUCAAGCAGGAACAUAAACUCCAUGUUCUAAUCAAUAAUGCAGGUUGCAUGGUCGAUAAAAGAGAGCUCACAGAAGAUGGACUUGAAAAAAACUUUGCUUCGUUCACUCUCCGUGUGUACAUUCUCACGACCGGCCCGAUCCCUGUGCUGGAGAAAGAACACGACCCCCGAGUGAUAACCGUCUCCUCAGGAGGAAUGUUGGUUCAGAAACUGAACACCAAUGAUCUUCAGUGCGAAAGAACAGCAUUUGAUGGAACUACGGUCUAUGCACAAAACAAGAGACAGCAAGUGGUUCUGACGGAGCGGUGGGCCCAAGGGCACCCGACCAUCCAUUUUUCUUCCAUGCAUCCUGGCUGGGCCGACACCUCAGGCACGCGAUGCAUGCUGGGAUUCCACGCCAGGUUCAGGGACCACCUGCGCUCCGAGGCCCAGGGCGCCGACAGGGUGCUGUGGCUGGCCCUCUCCUCUGCCGCAGCCGCGCAGCCCAGCAGCCGCUUCUUUCAAGGUGACUUCCUCCCUGGCUGUGAAGGCAGCUGACACAGGGCGGGGGGCAGCAGCUGGGCUUUCGAGGUGCACCUUCCCUUCCGUGAAACCUGGGAUGGGACUGUCCCCUGGGCGGUGCCUGGGCUUCUUUGGCGAGAUGAUUGCUUUGCCUGCUGAGGUUAGUUUUGGGAAGUGCUUCACCCCGGAUUGGUAGCUUCUUUGAAGACUUGUGAUAACCCUGUCAUCAAGGUCCCAUGGGAACAGGGGAGAGGCAGUUCCUACCUUGGGAAUGGGAGAUUUUCUCUGUGGUUUCCUGAGGCCGGGGGGUGGGCGCUCUUCAAAGCGGCAGUGCAAAGGGAGUAACGGACUCUGCUUCUCUGCACUGCACAGGGAGUGACGGACUCGGUUUUUUUUUUUUU